UGCCCUUGUGAACGGUGCCCUGCCGCGUCUUGUUUGCCUUCUACUGUGACCUGUUACCCAGCUCCUCCUCUGUCCUACCUCGGCCUGUCACCAGACUCCUCCCCUGUCUCCCCGUUCCUCCCUCUUCCCUCCCGGCCGGCUUUCAGUGUUAGACAUGGCUCCGGCGGUGGACAGGCCCGGUCAUUGGGGAUCCCCGACCUCCACCCUGGAUUGGUGUGAGGAGAACUACGCUGUGUCGUUUUAUAUUGCCGAGUUCUGGAACACGGUGAGCAACCUGAUUAUGAUUCUACCUCCAAUCUAUGGUGCCAUUCAGACAGUAAAAGAUGGCCUUGAAACUCGUUAUGUAGUUGCCUAUUUGGGUCUCACUGCUGUAGGGUUGGGUUCUUGGUGCUUUCACAUGACACUCCAGUAUGAGAUGCAGCUGUUGGAUGAGCUGCCCAUGAUCUACAGCUGCAGUGUUUUCGUUUACUGCUUAUAUGAAUGUUUCAAGAAUAGAAAAUCGUAUAACUAUGUUCUGCUUAUUUUAUUAUUUCUUUUUAGUUUAAUAGUAACUACAGUUUAUUUACGAUUGAAGGAACCUGUAUUUCAUCAGGUAUGUUAUGGAAGUCUCAUUUUCGCGCCGGUGUUGCGCACUUGUUUUUGAGAGGCAUGGGUGUAUCCAUGGCUGAGAGGACUGGCUUACACAUCUUUAGGUGUGUUUUUAAUGGGGUUUGUGCUUUGGAAUGUAGACAACAUUUUCUGCGAUACAUGGAGGGGAUUGCGACAUAAGAUGCCACCAGUAGUAGGAGCUGUAACACAGUUUCAUGCAUGGUGGCACAUUUUGACCGGACUUGGUUCUUACUUACACAUUUUGUUCAGCUUAUAUACACGAACACUUUACCUUAAAUAUCGACCAAAGGUAAAGUUCUUUCUUGGAAUGUGGCCUGUGAUCAUGGUAGAAGCACCCAAACAUCUCUAAUGAAAGUGAACCUACAGACAUUCCGCAGUUGUUUAUGCAGAAAAUGAGGACGCACCUAAUAUAUUCUAUGCAGUAAACUGAACUUAAAUAUAUGCACAUAUAUUUUUACAGUAUGUGUGUUUGUGCACACGACUAGAUACUGAGGUAUGCCAAGCCUUGCACUGGUACAUCAGGAAUGAAGAACACCAAUGUCUUCUAGACUGUUUAAUUUUUAUUUUUUUUCUCUAAGCUGUCAAAAUAUUUUACCUAUUUUUUUUUAUUUUUUUUUUCUAAAAUAGCGCAUGACAGUGACUUCUUAUUUUUAUUUUUUAUGGUUAGUGGCCACAAAAAUAAUAUAAAGCCAUAAAGACAAAAUGAACGUAAAGAGCAUUGCUGUCUUAGGGACCAAACUGAGAAAAAGAAACGCAAACCCCUAACACAAAUAAUUGUCUACUUACAACCAUGCUCAUCUGGGAAGAUAUUAACGCACAAGACCUUAUUUCUUAUUAACGUGAAGAAGCAUUGGCAAUGACAAUUAAAGUGACAUCAGAUCAUACAGUUUAUUUAACCCUUUGAUUUACGAAUCUGCUCUCAAAGUGCUGGUGAAAAGACUAAACUGUCUGUAUGCACCUGGCGGUGGUUUUGGAUUGUGCAUGCUCGAGAUAAUGAGCACAGAAGCGUUUAGAACGUGUACUUUUGGGUCACUGCGGUAAUAAUCAAUCUAAAAACGCCAGGUCUAUUUACCUGAUACAGAACUCUUUUCAUAGAUAUGUGCCAUGUUUGCAUAUAAACUUUUUUUUUUUUUGCUUAAAAACAGUGCCUAACUUAUUUUCUUAAUAAAUUUGUGCCUCAUUUA